AUGCUGGAGCUGAGCGCCAUCGUUGCUAUAGCCGCUACUGUCGGGGCUGUCUUCAUUGUCGUCUCGGUGGUGAGCAUUGUUGUAUGGGUGAGGCACCGCAAAGAGCGCCAUGCAUUGGCGUUGCUUGGCUUCAAAUCGAAGGAUGGAUGUUAUACAAAAGGGCUACAGUCGUUCCCUGUUGACACAUUGACCGAGCUGAGUCAAGCAGAAGGGAAUGUGUUGAGAACACACGGGCAACUGCCUUAUGGAAAGCCAACCGAAUGGGGUCAAAUAACAUCACGCGAGAGCCUACUCCGCCCAACGAGCAAUUCUGGCUCUUCAUUUCCGCUCACGGAGAAAGCUCGCUCCCUUCGCCACUCUCUCUCUCGAUCUCGGUCUAAGCGUCUAUCAAGAUCUUCCCACAAAAGGUUUAGUUCGUUAGCCACUUUGGGUGAAUCCAGCCAUCUUCCCAGUCCCCCUCCAAAGGCUUCCAUCUCGAAAGAAGACGUUCCGCUCUCAGCAGUAGAAGGGAUUCUUGAGUUGCCAGCCGAAAGGACCCCCACGCAAACACCUGAUCCAAACGACGACGAAGACAGAGGAUUCCAUCUCGGUAUGCGGCCCAUUUCAAAUGCAUGGCCUCUUGCAGGCCCAAAGGAACCUUCGGGUCCCUGGUGUGCUUCCGAUGAGGACUCUCCCCAUGCCUUCGACCCCCGACCUAUGAUGUUUGAGGACUCUCCACGACGUUUGCGAGGAGUCAGCAUCGCUAGCCAGACGGCAGGUAUCAUGCCAGGACACUCAAUUCCACCGCCACCACCGCCUGCUGCGUAUCCCCCAGACCGUUUCAGCUAUGCACGCAAUGAUUCUGUGGCACGAAUGUCUAAUAUGAGCCUGGACACCACGAAUAGCUCGAUCCUAGAUGAGGGUCGACCCAACCCUUGGGCAGCGAACAGCUCUUUCGUCGAUGAUAAUCAGCAAAGCCCUUGGGGACCGACCGCCUCCUCGAAUGACAGUCGCCCUAACCCCUGGGCAAGCACCACCUCGGUCAUGGACAAUAGUCGUCCUAACCCUUGGGCAAACACCACCUCGAAUGACAGUCGCCCUAACCCCUGGGCAAGCACCACCUCGACCAUGGACAAUAGUCGUCCUAACCCCUGGGCAAACACCACCAUCACCGGUCACGGUCAUCCCGGCACUACCUGGGGAGUCGAAUCUCAGUUCAGCCAGCGUGGCUUCCCCUCUGGUGGCACCUUUGUUCCUUACAGUGCUGCCGACGUGGGAAUUGAAAAUGGCCGCAGAAGUUUCAUCACUACCAAUACCUCCAUUCCUCCAAUGCACAACUUUCCUGUGCGCUCUUCGUCGACCACCGAGCCUCGGCAUAAGCCUGUCCCUGUUUCCCCUCGGCGAAGCAUGACAACUUAUCACCGUUCUGAGGCUUCACUUGACAGGGAAGUCGCGGAGCUCCGUCGGACGGACUCUCUGUGCGCUGACAUCCCGCCAUCCAGGCAUGUGUCGCUGCGGUCUGGGACUCCAGUUGGACGACGCAUGAAUUACUCUGGGUCUCAGAUGUCUCUCGCGUCUCAAUCCAGCCUGGUCCAAAACAACACUUUGCACGGGAACCAGGAGACCAAUAUCGACCCCUUCUAUGUUGGCGCGCCUGGCAGCGGGACUCUGUUCCAGCCCGUCGAAUCCCCUAGCCGCGCUGCAAAGACCUCCAGGCCUUCAAGCCAUCUGGAACAGAUCAGCCUUCCUUCAAAGACCGCUCUUCCGUCUGCAAUGAAAGGUGGGAACUCACAACGCAUGGUCAAGGGUCACCGUCGUCAAAACGGUGUUCAUGUUCACAUUAAUCCCCCUAUGUCGUUUGGUCCCACUCCCACUGUUGAAGAAGAGCCCGACGAUUUCGACGACAAGAUGGAGGAGCUGGAUCUCCGCGAGAGUGCGAUCAACGAGCCACCAAAGCCACCUCCAACAUUGCCUCCAACCCCAAUGGGCUCCAACUCCUCGCGUCGUGGCAAAUACGGCAGUCGGAAUGGUAACGGUAAACCAUCAGUCUUCGGCUCCCUUGGUCCACUGGUAGAGGAGCCGAAUCUGCCCACUGGCUACGAAAGUCCUUUUAACAAGAGGAAUCAUAUCCCGUCUGUCUCGGUCCCCAAAAAGCCGUCCAUCAGAGACAGCUGCAACCUCCCCGAGUUACUCACCUCCCUUCCUCCCAGCUACAAAGGGACUGGCAGCGGCCUCAGCCACACCCCUUCUCCCAAACGAUUCGCCCCGCCAUGGGAGCUUUCUGGAGCCCCGUCGCCAAGCCACGAGAACUUCCCAGGUACUGGCAGCCCACGCCGAUCUGGAGUGAAGGGUCCACGCAAUCAACCCCAGGCCACCGCACUGCGAAGCCACUCUACUCGCGUGCCUUCAACAUCCUCCGAUCAACUCCUGAACAGUCCUCUCGGUGACCCUAGCCGGCUUCCUCUUAUGUCCAGCAUUACUGGCACCGAAGGUAGCGACUGGCGGCGGUCCACAUCCUCCCUUCACCGCACCAAGACAAAUGCUUCAGACUGUGAAUCACGUCGAAGCCGCGAUUCACUUGCGUCCGUGGACAAGGAUCUUGGUCCCAUCGGUCCCUCUUCGGGAAUCUUCGGCGCCCGUCGCUCUUCUUUGAUGCGCAACCCCGUCACUAUCUUUGAGGAUGGUGAUCGCACACCCACAAACUCCAAAAUGCUUCCGCCGGUUGGCACAUUCUCUACCCCCAAGGCCUCGCCAACCCAUGGGAAAACCAAUGGCCCUCGCGCCAUGCUAAGCAAACAAGCUUUCCCCCCUCGAACCUCCAACGUCUACGGACUUCCCACUCCCACCUCACCUCAGCGAGGAUUCGCUACCCCCAAGCGCAAGAGCAUGGGACUGGGAAUUGGAACAGCCACACCCGGUAGUCUCUACGAUGGUGAUGGGUUCCUGCGUGAAUAA